AUGAAACAAGCGGCCAUCCACGCAAAAGCCGAAUACUUCAACUCAAAGCCCACGGCUUCGGCACCACGGGGAAACACCGAAUCAAGCGCUUAUCCGGCAAAGGUCACGUCCUACGGCAGUACCGACACAUACUCGGCAGGUCAGAAAAGAAAGGACGACCGCGCCGAUCGAAAAGAACCCUCGAAGAAAGGGAAGGGGCGGUACGGUCGCAACGACCACCGAGCGCCUCUGCCGAAUCGCGACCAAGCCAAUGAAGUCUUCACCCUGUUGAACACUACCUACGAGGCCGUCCUGAUGAACGAACAGGGAAUAAUACCGAAGCCGAACGCCCGAAGACCAAAUCGGCAAGACAACCGAGAGACCGGUAAAUUCUGCCGAUACCACCAGCACAACAGCCAUAAUACAGAAGACUGUAUAAGCCUGAGAAAAAUCGUCGAACGCUUGAUCCGGGAGGGGAAGCUAGACCAGUAUAUCGCCCGGCAGCCAACGACGCCGGUGCCGAACGCAAAUCGGCAGAUAAAUAUGAUAAGCACUAUCAGCGGCGGCCCAACCAUCGCAGGACUGAGCAAUCGUUCGAUGAAGCAGUACGUGCGUGCCGCACAGUUUCCCCAGGUAUUCGGCAUAGAGGUGAAUCGCCGCCAUGAAGCGCCGAAGGAUCAUUGGGAGCCGAUCACGUUUUGCAAAGAAGAGGAACAGGGCAUCCUCUAUCCCCACGACGACCCAAUGAUCGUCAGAGCAGAAAUUGCCGAUUACGAUGUAGGGAGAGUGCUGAUCGAUACCGGGAGCUCGGUAAACGUGAUCUUUGCCGAGGCUUUCCGAGAGAUGGGAAUACAGGACAGCCAGGUCAACCGGCAGUUGACACCUUUGCUAAGUUUCUUCGGGGACAUGGUCCAGCCAGUCGGUAGCGUAACACUCCCAAUUACCUUCGGCACCGCGCCGAGGAGAACGACGGUAUACGACCAUUUCCUCAUCGUUGACUGCCUGACGGCGUACAACGUCAUUGUUGGGCGAACGACACUGACCAGGGUUAAGGCGCAUCUUUCCCCACAAUGCUGUUGA